AUGGCUACCGUCGCCGCCGCCGCCCCCGAGCACAUCGAGGUGAUGGAGCAAGUUGAAGGGGAGGAGCAGGUGGCUGGUGCAGCCGCCCCCGCCGCCGCCGAUGACAACGAUGUGCCCACCGAGGCCAUGGAGCAAGUUGGAGGGGAUGAGGCGGCGACAGCCGCCGCCGCCGACGACGACGAUGCGGCCGAGCCGAUGGAGCAAGGCGAAGGGGAGGAGGCGGCGGAGAUCGACGCGGAGGAGGAGGCGGAUGCUGGCGCUGAGGCGCACAUGGAGGCAUCGGGACAGGCUGAAGAGGAAGAGCGGGAGGAGGUCCACGCGGUGGCGGGGGAGGAGGAAGCGGAGGCCCAGCCGCUGCAGACGGUGCUCCCGCUGGGCAGGGUGAAGAGGAUCAUGCGGGUCGACAGCGAGAUAAAGAAGGUCACCGCCGAGGCGUCGCUGCUCAUCGCCGCGGCCACCGAGCUCUUCCUCGGCUCCCUCGCCGCCGGCGCCCACACGGCCGCCUCCCAAGGUGGCCGGCGGACGGUGCGCGCCGCGCACGUCCGGGCCGCGGUCAGCGCGCACCGCCCCACCGCCGACUUCCUUCUCGACUGCCUUCCAGCUGCUGCGGAGGCGGCGCCUCGCGUCGCCCGCUCCGGAUCCGAUGGUGCCGCCGCGGUCGCUGAAGCAGCAGUACCCAAGCCGCUGCCACGUGGGACCCGCCGCAUCGACGGAUUCUUCCAGAAGGUCACUUAG